AUGGAGGCCUCCAGAAGCCAGGGACUCGAAAGAGCUGCCGAAGCCCAAAGUGAGAGCCCCAAGCUGGGGGAGGGAGCACAGCAGGCAGGCUCUCUGAGGGUAAGGUUGGAAGGGAGCGUUUUAACUGUGGACCGGGCUUUGCUGGAGCAGUGCAGCGAGUACUUCCGUGCCCUCUUCCGGUCUGGCAUGAGGGAGAGCCAGGAGGAAGAGCUGCAUCUGAAAGGAGGAGUGCAUGCACGGGGUUUCCUGAUUGCUUUGGCAGUGUGCAGGGGCGAGAAACUUUCUCUACAGGACCCAGAAGAACUAAUAGAGGCCGUAGAAUGUGCUGCAUUUCUCCAGGUGGCGUCACUGUCCCAGCAUCUCUGCGAUAUCAUUGACUCUGACAACUGCCUCCUGCUCUACCACGCAGCGGCCAUCUUUGGUCUACCCAACCUGUUCCACUGUGCUGCCCUGUUCCUCUGCGACGCCUAUAGUGACCUAAAGGGGGAGGCAAGCACUCUACCUGAGGAGUUGGUACUGUAUGCAGAGUCUUUGUCGCCAGCAUCUUUCGUCGCUUUGGGAACCCACUCACCCUCUAUGGAGCUGCUGAAGGACUCCUUUAGGACUGUGUGUUACCUGGACGAGGUGGAGGGAGAGUGGAGGCACCUAACAGACCUCCCCACCCACGCCAGCACCUCCAUGGCGGGCAUCGCCGUCCUGGACAACCGGCUGUAUGUGGUGGGGGGUAUUUACGGCUAUGGCAAAGGCACGGUGGACGGCGGCUUCUGCUACGACCCAGGGACGAGUACGUGGAGCGUGCUUCCUGGACCCCAACAGCCCCGUGCCGACUUCACCCUUCUGGGGCACGAGGGGAAGUUGUACGCCAUCGGCGGUGAACACCAGAAAAGAACCAUGUCCUCCGCCGAGGCUUAUGAUGUAGCCAGAGGAGAAUGGGCGUUUGUGCAGUCCGCACCACGGCCUGUGGCAGCAGUGGCAUGCGCCAUCGCACGAAGGCGGAUGUUUGUGUGUUUCUGGAGGCCACCAGACACCACGGAUAUCUACGAGUACAUCCCGGCGAAGGACAAGUGGAUGUUAGCCACCACGAUGAUAAGGCCACAGAGCUACGGACACUGUAUGGUGGCCCACAGGGACAAUUUGUAUGUGAUGCGCAAUGGGCCCUCGGACGACUUCCUACGCUGCCUCAUGGACCGUUACAACAUCUCCACGAGACAGUGGACCGCUAUACCAGGAAGUUACAUCAACACUAAGGGAGCACUGUUUACCGCCAUGGUCAGGGGUGACUCUGUGUUCACGGUCAAACACAUGCUAACUCUGGAGUAUACCAUUGCUGAGGACACAUGGAAACCCCGUAGGGAGACGAAGAAAGGCUUUCCCAAGAGUGGCUCACUAUGGACAUGCUUACUGAGGCUUCCCAAGGCUGGCCUGUAA